AUGUCGGACAUAGCCCUUUUCGCGGGGGGCUUACUCCCAGUGGUGUUGACUUGUAACCACAAGUUCCGAUUGUUGGCAUGUUAUGUGGAGGCACGAUCUCGGGAAUCUUUGUUUUCGUGUCCUAUGUACUCCGGGAGAUAUAGGAGUGCGGCUCCAGAUGGUUAUCAUGUUUAUCAUUUCCGCCUCGACAUCACUUGCAUCGAUCAUCACUACGAUCACAACGCUUGCUGUCGUCCGACGUGCCCAAGCAUCCGGUCCGGCGUGCAAGGAACUAGCUCUUUAGCUGAGCAGUGGAUGGGGCGAAAUGCACCGUGCAGAGCUGUCGCGGGCUCAAACAUCCUAUCACAUAUGGACGAUGGUUCUAUAUCCCGAUUCUGGAAGUCCAUGAACAUACUGAGGCAUAUAAGCGGCGACUCGGACCUGGUUUACCUUGCAAUCAUCGGAGACUACCAUAUGGAUGUUCUUAUGCGGGAUAACCAUGCUCAUGGCAUGCAAUUCGACAAGUACCGUGUACCAGCCUUCGCGAUUGAUCUCUCGCAGCUUGCUGCCCAAGGUUUUCGUCUCAAUGCACACACCCUGGAGCUCCUGCCAACCAUGACCCCGCUGAGGAGGAACACUCAAAGCGACACCCGAUAUACGAACAGCCCGGUGACCACAGCAUCAUCAUUGUUGAAAUUAGAGGAGCACUGGAGCCGUGUCUAUAGCCGCGGCACACUAUACACAAUUAUAUCACUGCGGCCGGGACCCGCAGGCUAG